UUAAUAUAUCAAGGGGACACACGAGUCUCUAAAUGAACAGAGUAAAAGUCGAGAGUUUGUGUUAAUUUUCUAUUCAAUUUGUGUAAAUUGCAACAGAAUGCCGAGAUCGUUUCUCGUCCGGAGUCAAAAACACACAGAAUUAAGCGACAGCGAAAUGAGUGCUUUCCAGAUUGUUAUUCCUCGACGAAAUGUUGACGACGAUUCUAAAAAUAAAGGCAGCAAGUUUUCAACGGUAGAUGGUAACUUUACAGCCUAUAGGCCAUGGGUGGCAGAGACGGUUCCAUCUAUGGAUGAUACGCCACACGAAGCACAACAUGAUGACAUGCCACUGUCACCCCACGACACCUCCUCACAUAGCAGUUGCGAGGAAAAUAAUCACCAGUCAAAACAAAAAGCAGUAGAAAAAUUCUUCGACUUGAAAAGAAGCCAGUUAUCUACAGAUCACAUGUUACGCAAUUUUACCAAAGCACAGCAAAGAUUUCCAUUUGACAGUUUCUAUUUUUUCCCAUCGAGUAUCUUUUUACCGUCGCCAUUUUGGAAAUAUCCGCGCAAUUUUGAUACGGCGGGGCUUUUUAGGAGCGUUAACCACGAACUUGACACAGAACUAAUGUUUGAUGAACGAAAAGAUUUGUCAGAAAUCACUUCUACUUACGAAUGUGCCCAAUGUGACAAACUAUUUAGUACCCCACACGGACUUGAAGUUCACGUAAGACGUUCCCACAAUGGCAUGCGUCCGUUUGCCUGUGAUGUUUGCAACAAGACGUUUGGUCACGCCGUAAGCCUGGACCAACACCGAGUAGUUCAUACUCAAGAAAGGAACUUUUCUUGUUCACAGUGCGGAAAAACGUUCAAGAGAUCGUCGACUUUGUCCACCCACCUACUGAUUCACAGUGAUACCAGACCGUAUCCAUGUCCUUAUUGUGGAAAGAGAUUUCAUCAAAAAUCAGAUAUGAAGAAACACACUUACAUACAUACGGGUGAGAAGCCACACAAGUGUAUGCAGUGUGGAAAGGCCUUCAGCCAAUCUUCAAAUCUAAUUACCCAUAGUCGAAAGCACACGGGAUACAAACCUUUUGCUUGUGAUAGAUGUGGACGAGCUUUUCAGCGCAAAGUUGAUUUACGACGUCAUGUGGAAACACAGCAUGCCCUGUCACUUGAAGCGCAUAUGGGAGUAGGGGUGGACACGCCACAUUGAUAAGUUUUUCAGAGAAGAAGGAUUACUUUCGUCAAUAUUAGUAGAAAAUAUAAUAAAAAUGGCGCCGUAUUACAAUAAAUCUAAUUGAUAUUGUGUAGGGAAAAUCA